AUGAACGGCCACAGCCACGUCAAUGGAAAUGGUGUCCACCUUACAAAUGGAAAUGGACAUCAGAACGGACAUACUAACGGACAUGUACGAAACGAUACGCUGCACGUGAAUUCCCCGGGCGUGACCUAUGGCUCCGAAUUUAUCGACUCAACGUUCAACUACCGUAAGAAUAAGAUAGAGAGGACGGUGGAUGGGCUGAGGGUCACACCGGAAGUGUACGAAUAUAAACUACGAACGGGCAGACAGACGAGGAAGACUGGACUGAUGUUGGUGGGGAUUGGAGGCAAUAAUGGAUCGACUACGGUGGGUGCGAUGAUCGCGAAUCGAGAGAAGAUGAGCUGGCGGAAUCGGGAGGGUACCCACCAUGCCAAUUAUUUCGGCUCGUUCACCCAGUCGAGCACGGUACAUAUUGGAUAUGAUGGACAGGAACAGGUGCACGUGCCGUUCAACGAGAUGCUGCCGAUGCUUCGCCCCCAUGAGCUGAUUGUCGACGGAUGGGACAUUAAUGACGCCAAUUUAUACGAGGCAAUGCUCAGGUCAAAGGUAUUCGAACCGGAAUUGAUCGAUCAACUCCGCCCCCACAUGGAAUCGAUUAUCCCGAAACCGUCGAUUUAUUAUCCCGACUUUAUCGCGUCAAAUCAAGGAACCCGCGCCAACAACGUGCUUCCCGGCGAGAGUAAAUCGGAGCAUUUGGAGCGGAUUCGCAAGGAUAUUCGCGAAUUCAAAGAGAAGCACGGGUUGGAGUGCGUGAUUGUACUGUGGACGGCCAAUACGGAGCGGUUCACGGAUGUGGAGGACGGGCUGAAUAUGACGGCUGAUCAGAUGUUGGCCUCGAUCAAGAGGAAUGCCGAUGAGGUAUCCCCCUCGAACAUCUUCGCGGUGGCCUCAAUCCUUGAGGGAGCCCAUUAUAUCAAUGGAUCUCCACAGAAUACCCUUUGCCCGGGUAUCGUCGAAUUGGCCGGAAAGAAUGGUGUCUUCAUCGGAGGCGAUGAUUUCAAAUCCGGACAGACAAAGCUCAAAUCGGCCCUCGUCGAUUUCCUGGUGUCUUCGGGGUUGAAACCCGAGAGUAUCGUCUCGUACAAUCAUUUGGGGAAUAAUGAUGGAAAGAAUUUAUCCGAGGCGCGCCAAUUCCGCUCGAAAGAAAUCACGAAAUCGAACGUGGUCGACGAUAUGGUGGCUUCGAAUAAGAUUUUGUAUCCGGACAACAAGAAGCCCGAUCAUACUGUUGUUAUCAAAUACGUGCCAUUUGUCGGGGAUUCGAAACGAGCCAUGGACGAAUAUGUGUGCUCGAUUUUCAUGGGAGGCCGCCAGACAUUUGUCAUUCACAAUACAUGCGAGGACUCUCUGCUCGCCACCCCGUUGAUCUACGACCUGGCCAUCCUCACCGAGCUGGCCACCCGAAUUCAAUAUUCCGUCAAUGGACGGGGAUACGAGCAAUUCAACGAGGUUCUCUCAAUCCUAUCCCUGCUCCUGAAGGCUCCAAUGGUCCCUGCCGGUACCCCCGUUUCGAACGCUUUCAUGCGCCAAUUCGCCGCCGUCUCCAAGCUGAUCGCCGCCUGUGCAGGAAUCGCCUCGGAUGCGGAUCUGCAGCUCGAAUUCUUCACCUCCCUCAACAAGGCAAAAUGC